CUCAUCGUCUCCUAGUCGUCGCCCAGCCAGCCCGGACCGAACAUGUCCCCACCACUCGCGCGCCUCGGCCUGCGCACGCGGCCUCUCGCCGUCGCCGCACGCGUCGGCGUCCGCGCUUUCUCCGCCUCCCCAGCCCGCGCGUACGCCAACCCCACCCCUACCGACAAGUACGGCCGCCCCGACUACUCCAAGGGGCCGAGCGCGCUCGACAAGGCGAGCCAGCUCUUCUUCUUCACGGAGAUCUUCCGAGGCAUGUGGAUCGUCCUCGAGCAGUUCUUCCGCCCCCCAUACACCAUCAUGUACCCCUUCGAGAAGGGACCUCUCUCCCCCCGCUUCCGUGGCGAGCACGCCCUGCGGCGGUACCCCAACGGCGAGGAGCGCUGCAUUGCUUGCAAGCUCUGCGAAGCUAUCUGCCCCGCCCAGGCCAUCACUAUCGAGUCCGAGGCGCGCCUGGACGGCUCGCGCCGCACGACCCGCUACGACCUUGACAUGACCAAGUGCAUCUACUGCGGUUUCUGCCAGGAGGCGUGCCCUGUCGACGCGAUUGUCGAGACCCAGAACUACGAGUACGCGACCGAGACGCGCGAGGAGCUUCUGUACAACAAGGAGAAGUUGCUCCAGAACGGCGACAAGGCCGAGGCCGAGAUCGCCGCCAACCUCCAGUCUGACCACUUCUACCGCUAAAAGGAGAAAGAAGGGGGUCGUAAUCCAAUGCAUUGGCAGUUUAGAAGCAGCGGCCAGGAGCCUUAGAUGGUGCACUCGUGCAGCGAUGCAUGGGGGUAUAUAUACUAUAUGCGUCUAGAAAUCCUUCCA